CCACUGCCCACAGAGGGAAGGAGCAGGCAGUUGUGUAGCAGAAGUUGGUAUGGUGGCUUGUCCCUGGGUCUGGGUGGUAAGUGUGGCCAGAUCUGACCACCUGUUACUUCCCUUUUUGUCCUAGUCAUUCCCUGAACCCAGCGGUGGGCUGUGAAUAACUUCACUAUGAGGGCGGCAUCUGCUCAAAGCAUCUGGCUCAGAGACUUGUGUGUGGAAACAUCCUUAGCAGGAUGUCAAACUCAGAGAGGCCUAGUUUCUCUACUUCUAAAAGUUAACUCCCCCAUCAUUUAACAUUUAGCUGUAAGACCUAUUUGGAGUUAAUUCUGUAGAAGUUAUAAAAGGCAUCUCAUGUUGGGUAGCACUCCCAUAUCAAACUGUGGUGUAGAAGAGUAGAAUUGAUGAUGUUAAAGGAUUUACCAAUGCUUAGGAGAUAGUUAAGCGACAGCAAGUAGAGUUUAGCUGAGGGAGGAAUGCCUCUGAGACACCCUACAGAUAAGUAGUGUGCUAACCAGACCCGUUAGAGAUCAGGAUGCUAGGAUAGAUAUAUUUGUUCACUAGGAUUGUCCAGAAAAGUGCUCCAGUGCUUAACAAAGGAGGCUACUCUGAUUGACAACCAGCCACUAGGGCCAUCCUCAUAGCAAAGAACUGGCUGCUCAAGGGAGCGUUAUAGAGUCCCAAUCAACAUUAAAGGCUGUUUAUCACAAAGUGCUGCUAGUUUUCUUCUUGAGAAAAAGCAUAGUUCUGCCAUAUUCGCAGGAGAACACCGGCUGGCAACUCUUUGAAAAGGGAAAACACUGUUGGGUCCAGGACUGGCUUGAUCAAGCAAGGCUUUCUGUGAGGCCCUUAUGUAUAGAAAAUGGCAUAGCUCUUUCUCAAACCCAGGAACAUGCUUGACAGAGCCAGAUCUACUUCUCCAACUCCAUUUCAGAAUAGGGCAGGCCUCCAAGAGAGCACAAGGAAACAAGAACAAGAUACAAAAAGACAAGGCAAUAGACUUCAUAUUGACACUGUACAAGGCACCCCGAUAAGAGGAAAAGAGUCUUAGAAGCAGAAUGGAAUGACCUAUGAUGAUGUCCAUGUAAACUUCACUGAAGAAGAGUGGGCUUUGCUCAGUCCUUCCCAGAAGAGGCUCUACAAGGAUGUGAUGCUGGAAACCUACAAGAACCUCACUGCUAUAGGUUACAAUUGGGAAGACCAUAAUAGUGAACAUUUUCAACAUUCUAGAAGACAUGGAAGGCAUGAAAGAAGUCAUACUGGAGAAAAACCUUCUGUAUAUACUCAGUGUGGUAAAGUCUUUGCAUAUCGCAGUCAUCCUCAGAAUCAUGAUAGAAUGCAUACAGGAGAGAAAAGCCAUGAAGGUAUUCAACAUGGUAAAGCCUUUGCACAUCAAAGUCACCUUCAAAGGCAUGAAAGAAUUCAUACCAGCAAGAAACCUUAUGAAUGUAAUCAGUGUGGUAAGGCCUUUGCACAUCGUAGUUACCUUCGAAAGCAUAAAAGAAUUCAUAUUGAAGAGAAGCCCGAUGAAUGGAACCAAUGUGGUCAAGGUAAUCUCCAAAUACAUAAAAGGACACAUUCUGCACAGAAACCCUAUGAAUGUAAUCAGUGUGGAAAAGCCUUCAGGCGGCACAAUAGUCUCCAAGUACAUAAUAGAACACAUACUGGAGAGAAACCCUACAAAUGUGAUCAAUGUGAUAAAGCCUUUACACAACAAGGUCAUCUCCGAAUUCAUAAUAGAACACAUACUGGAGAGAAACCCUAUGAAUGCAAUCAAUGUGGUAAAGCCUUUGCAGUUCACAGUACUCUCCAAAUACAUAAAAGGACACAUACUGCAGAGACACCCUAUGAAUGUAAUCAGUGUGGUAAAGCCUUUAGGCGGCACAAUACCCUCCAAAUACAUAAAAGAACACACACUGGAGAAAAACCAUACAAAUGCGAUCAAUGUGAUAAAGCCUUUUCACAACAAGGUCACCUCAGAAUACAUAAAAGAACACAUACUGGAGAGAAACCUUAUAAAUGUAGUCAGUGUGGUAAAGCUUUUGCACGCCAUAGUCAUCUUCUAAUUCAUGAAAGAAUUCAUACUGGAGAGAAACCUUACAGAUGUAAUCAAUGUAAUAAAGCCUUUUCACAAUAUGGUGGUCUUCAAAUACAUAAAAGCACACAUACUGCUGAGAAGCCCUAUGAAUGUAAUGAAUGUGGUAAAACUUUUUCACAACACAGUUAUCUCCGAACACAUAAAAGAACACAUACUAGAGAGAAACCCUAUAAAUAAGCAAUGUGGUAAAACCUUUGUGUGUAGUCUUAGAAAUCAAGAGCCAAUUUAUAUUGCAGAGGAACCCUAUAAAUAUAGUCAAUGUGGUAAAGUUUUGCACUUCAUAAUUUGUUAAACAACAGUAAAACCUUUGAUGUUAUCUGUUAAUGCCUUUACACAUCACAGUAAUUUUGAGUGCUGAUAAAACUCAUACUGAAUAGAUAAAACUUAUACUGAAUGGAAUUUUUGACUAUAAAAGAUUUGAUAAGAUUUUUAGCCAAUACAUUUACAUUAAGUUAUAGAAAAUUAUUUAUUCAGAGGAAUAAACCUGACAACUUUCAACAAAGUAUUCAAGAAUUAUGUCCCUCUGUUAUGCACUGAUGACCUGGAAGAAAUAUAAGAUGGAUUGCAUCAGAAGUAUCUGAAGCCUUGGCACUUUAAAGAAAUUUCAGAGUCCCAAAUCUCUACAAAAUGAAGAAGAGUGAAAAGAAAGAUCAGGAGAGAAACUGACAAGUCUUAAAAAGUGGCUGAGCACUUGGCCAAUGCCACAAGACAGUUUAUCUCAAAAGUGGUAAAAAAAAAAAAAAAAAGAGAGAGCGCUGUGGGAGCAAGCCUACAAGGAAAUAUGUACAUUGUAUGCCUGCUGGAGUUUGUUUCCCAUAAGGAGAGAAAGAAAUAUGCAGGGGUGAAGACUGGCUUGUCAGAUCAGGAUCGUAUUCUGCUUCUCUGGACACCUGGACUCCUAAGACUUCAACAGGAGUCAGUCACUCUAAGACUGGGACAAUCAUGUCUUUGCAAAGAGCUGUGUGAGGUAUGGAAGAAAUAUGAGGGCAAGAGCUUUGGAUUGGAAAGCCAAAGGACCAAAUGACUAGAGGGCAACGCUCAGGGUGUACCUGAGGACAAGCUGGCUCCUACUGUGCUCUCUGCAUCCCCUUAGCUGUCAUGGGUCAGCCCCUCCAGGUCUUCCACUCUUUCCUUAUUCUUGGCAACUACAAUGUAGCUGUCAGUAAGAGCACUGUGCUCCUUCCCUGGCAGACCCCACCCAUUCAUUAAUCCUUGUAACCUGCUUCCCUGGAAGACUAAGGAUAUUCUAAAGAGAUAUUUCUUUUCCUUUGGCUAACAAUUAGUGAACCGGUGGGCUGCAUGAAAUUCAAAUUUCCUGGGUAAUCACAUUCUGGGUAAGAUUGAGUCCUCCAUCGAAGAAGGCUUUUGCUGAAGAAAUAUUUGCACAUUGCAGGAAACAGAGGAGCUAAGAAUGGGGUAUGGUUUAAGGGAUGGCUGGAAAAUUCUUAUACUGCUUGGAUGGAUUACUUAGCAUCUAUCUCUUUCCUUCCACCUAAAUAUGUCAUUACGCCCAGUGAUUGAAUAGUUUGCUUCUAUCUUUGUCAUUGUUUCAACUUAGUUGCACUCAAUAAAUAUGUUUCUAAUUUUCAUGAUAAA